UCUCUUUCGUUCUCUAUAAGUUCAUCUCCAAUCCUUUCAAAUUCUCAUCUCAAUUCAAUGGAGUCUUUGAAUUCUUCCUCUUUCUUCUUCUUCUUCCUCGUUUCUCUGCUGUUCUUCCUUGCUUUCCUAUGGAGAUUACGCCGUAAACUCCCUUAUCCCCCCGGCCCUACCGGCCUCCCUAUCAUCGGCAACAUGCUCAUGAUGAACCAACUCACUCACCGUGGCCUCACUCGUCUCGCCGCCAUCUACGGCGGUCUUUUCCACCUCCGUCUCGGCGUUCUCCAUAUGGUUGUCGUUUCCACGCCAGAAAUGGCACGCGAGUUCCUCCAAGUUCAGGAUAUCGCAUUCGCAAAUAGACCUGCGAACGUCGCGAUAUCGUACCUCACGUACGACCGCGCCGAUAUGGCCUUCGCAAAUUAUGGCCCAUUCUGGCGCCAAAUGCGCAAGAUCUGUGUCAUGAAGCUUUUCAGUCGACGGCGGGCUGAAUCAUGGGCGUCAGUGCGUGAUGAAGUCGAUUCUGUACUUCAAAUCGUAUCGAAUAAAAUCGGCGAGCCUGUGAAUAUAGGCGAACUCGUUUUCGGUCUGACACGAAACAUAACCUACAAGGCCGCGUUCGGAUCGUGCUCGCACGAAGGACAAGACGAAUUCGUGGAAAUCCUGCAAGAAUUUUCUAAACUGUUUGGCGCUUUUAACAUUGCAGAUUUUUUGCCAUGGUUAGGCUGGAUUCAUGCUGGAGAAUUCAAUCGAAGAAUGGAAAAAGCUAGAAAAGCUCUUGAUGUGUUUAUUGAUAGCAUAAUCGAUGAACAUAUAGCAAAAAAAUUGGGGAAAAACGAUGAUAAUGAUGAACAGGACGUUGAUUCCGAUAUGGUGGAUGAAUUAAUGGCAUUCCUCGUCGAUGAAUCGAGUAGCAAUGAUUUUCAACUUACUAGAGAUAAUAUCAAAGCGAUAAUCAUGGAUGUGAUGUUUGGCGGAACAGAGACGGUUGCUUCUGUGAUUGAAUGGUCCAUUGCGGAAUUAAUGAGAAAUCCGGAAGAGUUACAAAAGCUUCAAGAAGAACUCACACGGACUGUUGGAUUAGAUCGAAAACUCCAUGAAUCGGACCUUCAAAAUCUGCCCUACCUGAAAGCCGUCGUGAAGGAGACGCUACGCCUUCAUCCGCCGAUUCCGUUGCUCCUCCACGAGACCGCCGUGGACACCGCCGUUGCAGGCUACUUAAUUCCGACUGGUUCAAGAGUGUGGAUCAACUGCUGGGCUAUUGGCCGGGAUGGAACCGCUUGGGAAGAUCCGGACCGGUUUCGACCAGGGAGAUUUGAAAACGACGCCGCUCCGGAUUUCAAAGGGAGUGAUUUUGAGUUCCUUCCGUUCGGGUCGGGUCGGCGGUCUUGCCCCGGAAUGCAACUCGGACUUUAUGCUUGUGAGAUGGCGGUGGCUAAUCUUCUUCAUUCCUUCUCGUGGGAGUUGCCGGACGGAAUGAAGGCGGAGGAGCUGGACAUGAACGACUCGUUCGGUCUAACCGCUCCCAGAGCGGUUCGACUCGUUGCUGUGCCGAGUUACCGACUUAACUCGGCCGGGUUCAAUUAAAACAUCCAAAGAAGAUUUUUCUUAAAAAAUCAUCUUCGUUAUUUAUUUUCGUAUAUUUUAAAUUUGCUU